AUGGCACCUGGAAAGCAACACGUACGCACCUGGACUGAAGACCAGCUCAAGGUCCUUAACGACGCCAAGCGGGAAUUUCACAGCGCCGACGCUGUCAAGCGGCAGGCCGUCGCCGACGCCGCCGCAAUGGAAAUCCAAGCGGCAUUGGAGGGGGUAGGUGAGCGGUUGGAUAGCAAGGCUAGUCAGGCUCUCUUUACUGCUGUCCGUGGAUGGUUGAAGGCGCGGUGUAAAGCAAAGCGGAAGGCGGAUGCCGUUACCUGGAAGGGCGUGAAGGCGCGCAACGUGUUCAUUCGACACAACCGCCGCUCUAUUAAGGAAACGCAGAAAGCUUUGUAUGAGCAGGGUACAGGCGCUAUAUUCCCAUACCCCGUGGCUACAUUCGUUGAUACACCCUUGCCGGCCUUGGACGAAAAGGACCUGGCGUUCCUGGAGGAGAAUGAAAUAAACCCCGACGAUCCUGAACUCGAUGCUAUAUUCGGUCUUGACGACGACGACGACGGAACGGGUGAGGAGGAAAUCGGUUCAUCCGAUGACGACAGUGGUGACGAAGACAUCAGCCGCGACGGGGACGAAGACCGCCAGCAGCCCGUGAAGACCAAGACCAGCGCAACGUCAACCAGAAAACGUGGCGGUAAGAGGGCCAAAGCCUCAGAGACGACACCAUUCCAGAAGACUAGCAAUGAAGUCUUUUCGUACUUUCAAGAUGCUGUGUCGCAACUUUGGAAGAAGCUGCCCGCCGAGGAAAAGCGACGGUACCGCCUUCGAGCGUUUAUCAACAAAGAGCGGGGUCCGAGUGUUGAGGAACAGGCAGAGAUGGCUGACAAGGAGCUUCCUUCUUGGUUAGAGGGAGUUGCUGCGCAGGGGCUACAAAAAUACAACGUCCGCAUGGUGUUCACCGUGGUGUUUCUGGAUAAGAACGGCGUCAUGAAUAUCUGGACCUCCGAUUACAACAGCAACCUUGGAGGGACCAAUUUCACCGACAUCCAUCCAAGACUUUUUGAAGACAGUGGUGUUAACACUGCCGUUGGAGCUUGGGGUCGGAGGGAAUUCGGACAGGACAAUGCCCCCAUCAAAAUCAUCUCAAAGCGGCAGGGGGCUCACACUCUUAUGAACUUGCCCUCAGGAUCGGAAGGUGUACGCUUGGUGGACCCCACCAAGCCUCCGAUACCUCCCGUUACCAAGCCGUGGUUGAUGGAUUUGAUCAGGUCGUACUUCACUCAUAAAUAUGUCGAAGCUUCCAAUGCCAAAGAAAGGGUCAAGUGUCCAUGGGCGGAUAUUGAGAAGGGACCAUCCCGCUUCUUUGACUGCGAAAUACUGCCCACCAACUAUCAGGCGAUGAUUCGCGAGCCGUCAAGGAUGACAGUGGCUGAAUUGAAGGCCGUGCUGGGCUAUCUCUACACGCGGCAAGAACGUGGCACCAAACCGCCCUUCCGCUUUGACUAUUAUAUCGACAAGUCGGGCCGUACCGUCAAGAUGGUAAGGUCCCACCAGCUGAGUGGGCAAACCCUUGACCGGCCAAGGCCGAUUCACGCUCCCGCCACCCGCCCUGUUAUAAAAGCCGCGCCCAGCCCCGACCCGGUGCCCGACGCAGCCUUCGAGCCCGCCUUGGAACCAGCCUUCACUCCGCCCCCGGUUCAUCCUGCCACCAAACCCAUUGUCAAUAUCGCCACAAAGCCUGUCGUUAACACUCCAACGCGUCCUCCAAUUAAUGUGGCUACCAAACCUCCCAUUAACACCGCCACUAAACCCAUUGCCGCCCCCAUUAACACCGCCACUAAACCCACUGCCGCCCCGAUUAGCAGCCCCGCCAGCGUUGGUGAAAGGUUCACUGCCCCAUUUACGCCGGUCACCCCAUCCGCAACAUUGCCGGACAUAGAGGAGAAGCCCGACUCCGGUGUCGCAGAUGACACCUUGCCUACCGUUACCCAAACGCUCGAACCCGAACCAGCCGCACCUCAACCAGCCGCACCUCUUGCACGUCCGAAACCAAGGCCCCGUCCCUCAGGUAAGCCGUGGACUCCAGACCAACCGAGACGUUCAGCUGCAGAGCUGGUGAGAGCUCUUGGAGGAUCACCAUCCAAGCUCAAGAUCCAACCUCCCAUCCCCUCCGCUGAGCCAGGGCCAUCUUCAACAAAGGCGGUUGAACCGCCCUCAAAGAAGUCUACCAGGAAGCGCACGAGGGAAGGCAUCGAACUGCUCCCUUUGCCGACAGACGGUGUAACUACGAGAUCCCGAGGUGCCCUUACCCAGAGGAAAACCAGGAGCAAGAAAUAG